GGAGUGCAAUGCAUUUUAAAUGCUGAUGUUUACAUACAUAACACACAGGUAGAUCAAGAACAAAGCAGGGACUCUGUGUGGAGCAGCCUGUCCAUUUGCCUACAAGAACAUGUGGACCCUUCAACAGCUGUUCCUGGGCAUCCUGGUUUGCCUGUUCAUUUUCAAAUACCUAAAAAUGAAAUGGGAAGCUAGAAGCCUACCCCCUGGACCUUCCCCACUCCCUCUUAUUGGGAACCUGUGGACCCUAAACUUCUGCUUCCAUCCAGACACUCUAAGCAAGUUGGCAAAGCAUUAUGGGAACACUUACACAAUAUGGCUAGGACAUACUCCCAUGGUGGUGCUAAACGGAUACCAAGCUGUGAAGAACGCUCUAGUUUCUCACUCUGAAGAGUUGUCUGGACGUCCUGUGGCUAGCUUUAUACAGGAUAUUACAAAUGGAAAAGGUAUCGCAUCAUCCAAUGGACACAACUGGAAACAGCAAAGACGUUUUGGAUUAAUGACAUUAAGAAACCUGGGGCUUGGAAAACGUGGGCUUGAAUCAAGAAUACAGGAGGAGGCUCAAUGUCUGGUGGAUUCCAUUAGAGCCACGAAUGGUAAACCAGUGGAUGUCUCCUACCUAAUUACUCAUGCUGUUGCAAAUGUCAUUUCCGCUGUGGUCUUUGGGCAUCGUUUCUCAUUUGAUGACAUCUCCUUCCAGAAAUUAGUUGCAGGCAACAACUUGUUGACUGAAAGCAUAGGGACUAAAUGGGCAAAACUGUAUGAUGCAUUCCCGUGGCUCAUGCAACGUGUCCCUGGUCCCCACCACAAAUCCUUUGAAUGUAAGAGACUGUUGGAUGAUUUUGUGAGAAAUGAAAUUAGAAUUCAUCAGGAAAAUGGAACACCGGAGGAACCCAGUGAUGUGAUCGACCAUUAUCUGACACAGAUAAGAAAAGCAAGUGGUGAACCUGGAUCUACAUUUGAUGAGGCCAACAUGAUUCAGGUGGUUGAUGACCUCUUUGUAGCUGGGACAGAAACUACGGUCACCACCCUGCAGUGGGCACUGUUAUUAAUUUUGGGUCAUCCUGGCAUACAGCGAAAGAUGCAAAAAGAGCUAGAUGCUGUUCUUGAUGGACAAGUAAUCUGCUAUGAGGACAGGAAGAAACUUCCUUACACGAAUGCAGUGAUUCACGAAGUUCAACGCUAUGGAAGCAUUGCAUCUGUGGGCAUUCCACGAAGCAGUAUAAGUAAUGUAACAAUUAAUGGAUAUCCUUUAAAGAAGGACACUAUUAUUCUUCCUAAUCUUGACUCUGUGCUGCGUGAUCCUCAGUACUGGGAGACUCCAUAUAAGUUCAACCCAAACCACUUUUUGGAUAAAGAUGGAAAAUUUGUUCCCAGUGAGGCUUUUUUGCCAUUCUCUGCAGGACACAGAGUAUGUUUGGGGGAACAGCUGGCCCGAUAUGAACUCCUUAUAUUUCUCGCCACACUGGUAAAGGCAUUUAACUUCCAAGUGCCGGAAGAUAUGACAGAGGUGAAAACAGAACAUAAGUCGAGGCUAACAUCGAAGCCGCACCAAUACAAGAUUUGUGCUGUACCACGUUAAGGUGCUCUUCAUAGUGCCAAAACAAUCUUUUUUUAACAUGGAUCACUUAGGAUAUUAAGAAGUCCAUCUCAUGCAUUGAACUGGAGUAAGUUUGAGAACAGUGACUGUGGUUGGAGUUUAAUCUCUAGGUCCUGAAAGAGUUAAUAGACUCCAUUCUAUUCAGUGAAAA